AUGAGUUUGUCCGCCUUUGUUGUGACUGCAUCCAGUAAUCGGAAAAACUUUGGAAUUAGACAGAGAAAAGAAACAUUUAACGGUAAGUAUGAAGCAAACGUUAUCACCCACAUUUUGUAUGUCGCUCAAAGCAAGCGACCACCAAAAAUGCAUGAGAUCGAAGAGGUGAAAACAGUUGUUCCAUUGAAUCUAUCAAUGACCGAGGUGGAAGAUGCUAUCCUGAAAUUGAUGACUUCAAUGCCACCACAGAAAAGAAGAAUUGACAAACUGAUUUCAAAAGAAAAACUUGCAAAGUACAACAACGUACAGGGCCUAACUAAAACACUACGUAAAGUCACUACUGGUAACAAAAAAUUUGUAAAAAAUCCAGAAAAAAAUUUAGAUAAAUUAAUUGUUAGGGCCAAAACUCAAGCCUUUUGCGCAGAGCCAUUCUGCAUUUUUUUGAUAUUCGGUACAGAAGUUUUCCGUCUUGGUCCAACACUUGUAGAAUUUACUGUCACAGAUCACUGUGUUGUGGCAAGUGAUCUUCAUGGUAGUUUUGACGACUUAAUUGUUAUUUUACGUGAAAACGGUCCACCACCAGAAAUGCAGUACCUCUUUUUAGGCGAUUAUGUUGGUCGCGGAAAGCAACAGGUUGAUGUUUUCAUAAUGCUUCUCUUGCUUAAGCUACGAUGGCCUCGCCACAUCUACAUGCUCCGAGGGACGCAUGAAUGUGCCGAACGGAACAUAGCAGACACUUUUUUUGCAGCGGUAUCGCUUGAACAACAAUCAGUGUUAUUUCCAAAUGACGUUUUGGCUCGUCCGCCAACAGCAGAUGAAUAUUACAAAGAAAUCCUUAAAGUUUAA